CCAGAGUCCUAACUACAUAUGGGCUUCUUUAGACCUCAAAAUUUAGCUCUCUUAGAGCUUGUAACAGAUCACCCGGAUUACGCGCCAAACUCCGGCUGCGGCUCCAGAACAGCCUCGGCCGCACCUGAUUUCAGUUUCCUUUUCUCCGCCCCUGCUACCCCACCUCCGGCGGCUGCCUGGGGAUUUGCCCAGUGAUCAGUGACGAAAAGGAGGCUAAGGUUCCCAUUGGAAGGCAGAGUUAGGCAGGGGCCAAUCCCGGGGCUGGUCCGGAGAAAUCUCGGCGAAGGGCCCCGAAGAGCCGGGAGAUUACCGGGCGGGGACGAGCUGACGCUCUGGUUUCUAGUGGAGGAGCGGGACCCGGAACAGACCGGCGCGAGCUAGGAGGGGCCUUAGCCCCGGAUUCGCGGACCGGAGCUCGGGACCGGAGAAGUCCCCAGAAGUGAACGGAGACCCCUCUGAGCUAAGGGCACCAUGGCCACAUCAGCUCCUCUGCGGAGCCUAGAAGAAGAGGUGACCUGCUCCAUCUGCCUCGAUUACCUGCGGGAUCCUGUGACCAUUGACUGCGGCCACGUCUUCUGCCGGAGCUGCACCACUGAUGUCCGCCCCAUCUCAGGGGGCCGCCCUGUGUGCCCGCUCUGUAAGAAGCCCUUUAAGAAGGAGAACAUCCGACCUGUGUGGCAGCUGGCCAGCUUGGUGGAGAAUAUUGAGCGGCUGAAGGUAGACAAAGGCAGGCAGCCAGGAGAAGUGGCCCGGGAGCAACAGGAUGUGAAGUUGUGUGAGCGGCACCGGGAGAAGCUGCAUUACUACUGCGAGGAUGAUGGGAAGCUGUUGUGUGUGAUAUGCCGGGAGUCCCGGGAGCACAGGCCCCACACAGCUGUGCUCAUAGAGAAGGCCGCCCAGCCCCACAGGGAAAAAAUCCUUAAUCAUCUGAGUACCCUAAGGAGAGACAGAGAAAAAAUUCAGGGCUUCCAGGCCAAGGGAGAAGCUGAUAUCCUGGCUACACUGAAGAAGCUCCGGGAGCAGAGGGAGUGCAUCGUGGCUGAGUUUGAGCAGGGCCAUCAGUUCCUGAGGGAGCGGGAGCACCAUCUGCUGGACCAGUUCAGAAAGCUGGAGCAGGAGCUCACAGAGGGCAGGGAGAAGUUCAAGACCCGGGGUGUCGGGGAGCUCGCUCGGCUGACGCUGGUUAUCUCCGAACUGGAGGGCAAGGCGCAGCAACCCGCUGCGGAGCUCAUGCAGGAGGAUACCAGAGACUUCCUAAACAGGUAUCCGCGGAAGAAGUUCUGGAUUGGGAAACCCAUCACUCGGGUAGUUAAAAAAAGGACGGGAGAAUUCUCAGAUAAAGUCCUCUCCCUGCAGCGUGGCCUGAGAGAAUUCCAAGGGAAGCUGCUGAGAGACUUGGAAUAUAAGACAGUGAGUGUCACCCUGGACCCGCAAUCGGCCAGUGGGUACCUGCAGCUGUCAGAGGACUGGAAGUGUGUGACCUACACCAGCCUGUACAAGAGUGCCUACCUGCACCCCCAGCAAUUUGAUUGUGAGCCAGGUGUGCUGGGCAGCAAGGGUUUCACCUGGGGCAAGGUCUACUGGGAAGUGGAGGUGGAGAGGGAGGGCUGGUCUGAGGAUGAAGAGGAGGGGGAUGAGGAGGAAGAAGGGGAAGAGGAGGAGGAGGAAGAGGAGGCUGGCUAUGGGGAUGGAUACGAUGACUGGGAAACAGACGAGGACGAGGAGUCGUUGGGUGAUGAAGAGGAGGAGGAGGAAGAGGAAGACGAGGACAUUCUGGAAAGCUGCAUGGUGGGGGUGGCCAGAGACUCUGUGAAGAGAAAGGGAGACCUCUCCCUGCGGCCGGAGGAUGGGGUAUGGGCUCUGCGCCUCUCCUCCUCGGGUAUCUGGGCCAACACGAACCCUGAGGCUGAGCUCUUCCCUGCACUGCGGCCCCGGAGAGUGGGCAUUGCCCUGGAUUAUGAAGGGGGGACUGUGACUUUUACCAAUGCAGAGUCACAGGAACUCAUCUAUACCUUCACUGCCACCUUCACCCGUCGCCUGGUCCCCUUCCUGUGGCUUAAGUGGCCAGGAACGCGCCUCCUGCUGAGACCUUAAGCUCCAACAACUGCCCCCUGGCCUCAUAUUCACAGAUUCCAGAUCUCUCUGACUGGGAGAAAGGGGUCCCUGGCCUGAGCAACUGGAAUAGGUGAGAGGUGGGACCCCCCGUCCACUAACGGUCAUCUCCCCAUUGCUGUGGCCCAGAGACCUCACUCAGUGCUGUUGCUCUAAUUGGAUUCUUUUCCCACCUGCUGAUUCCCUGUGGGAACUUCUGACUCUGAAGACUAUGAGGGCUUUUUUCCUUUUGAUCACUGUCUUGGCCCAGGCUCUGCACUUUCUUUGUUGAAUAAGGAGCCGAGGCAGCAUUUUCUUGCCCAGUAUAGCAAGGCCUGGGAAAGACCAAUUAUGUCUAAGACCAUUUUGCUAUUCCCAUAGGUUCCCCCUUGCCCAAAUCUACUCUGCUGCUCACCUUCCCUGGCAUUUUAAACAGAUCUACCCUCCCAUUCCAACUCAGAGUUAAGCAUAUGUGAAUAUACUAAAAAUUAAACAGGGAAAAUUGACUGAACUUCUGGGACCAUUUAAGGUCUGAAGUAUCAGUAGAAAUCAUCUCAUGAGGUCCAGAGCAGAGUUCAUGCUUCUCUGAAACCAAGGCCAAGUGUAUGAGAUUUCCAUAGCCAAGGAGGCAGGGGGACUCCCUGGAACCAUCUAUGGUCUUAGGAGAAGGAUCUAGAUACAUGUGGUUUUGGGGUAACAGUUGUGAUCACUGAUCAAUAAAUUAUCUCUCUGGAUUGCUCCUUUUGAGGGGAGUUUUUAAAAAGUAUAGUACAUACAGAUUUUGAUCAGCACAUCUAGGAACACCACAGCAAAGCAAAAUCUACUCUGCCUCCAGGAGAGUAUUCAGCUUCUGUCUCUCGUCCUUCUCAGCAUCCUGGUUCUGCUUUCCUAAGAGGGAACAGGGAUAGAAAGCCAGGGCAGUGCGGGGAGAGGAAGGGAAGGCAGUGUCCGUGUCAGAGGGAGUGAGGCAUCUCCUUGUUGCCCACAAACCCAAUCCAUGGCCUGGCCUCUGGACAGGUGAGCCCCCUGCUCCACCAAGUUGAUCUCCUAGUCUGGUCCUUAACCAUUCCAAGUACUCUGCUGAUCCCCUGCUAAUCAAAGUUUUAACUCUUCCCCCAUCCUUUAAGUGACUGCUCCAGUGGCUCUGGGUCUUAGUGGUCUCUUAAUCACCACAUUGUCUCAGGAGUUGCCCACUUGGUAUGUGUUACAUGCUGCCUGAGUCACGUGUACAUCUUAUCUCUGCCUCUAGUUCUGUAAGCUCCUAGAACAGCGGUUCUCAACCUGUAGGUGGUGACCCACAGGAACUGUAUUAAAGUGUCGCGGCAUUAGGAAGGUUGAGAACCAUGGGUCCUAGAGGGAGGACACCUUAUCUUGUAUUCUUCAUGACACCUAGUGCAGUGCUGGGCACAGAGUAGGUGCUCAAUAAAGACUUGUUGAAUGAACAGCCUGGAGAUAGACGUGUGCAUAUAUAUAUAUGUCAGAUGUAACUAAACCUCAACUGGAUACAAAGAGGUUCCAUUGAUAGCAGUAGCCUAGGAUUUUUCUUCUGCACAUAUGUCUAGAACUCAGCUUUCUGUCUUCCGUUUACACGCAUGCUGUCAUUUCUGGGUGUCCCACAAAAGAGCCUCCCAUGGGACACAGACCAGCCAUCAUGUGGCUCUACCUUCUUCCUCCUGCAGUGGUGCCCCUGAGCUGAGGUCCUGCAUCUUGGAGCAUAUGAUGAGGCUCGAUGAUAGGGAUGAUGUCCAGCAUGGCACAUCUAAAAUCCUACCUCAAAAAAUGAGUGUCCCAAAGGAAAUAAAAUCUACAGAGAUUCAGUCUUGCCUACUAACAUGUCAACUGUUUAACCAUUUCUUGUCUUGAUAUUUCAAAAUUACCAUUUUAAAGAUGGAAAAGGAAGAUUGUAUGAAACUGCCUCUAAGCUUAUGCUAGAGGCAAAGAGCCUAUUUCCUCCCUGUGGACUCAUCUAAAGUCUGUAUCUUUUAUAUUCAUAUGUUUUAGUUUUUUUAUGAACUAUACUUGCACAUAUAGGCAAUUAUUUCUACAAAGCUUAUUACAAAAAACAUGCCUGGCCAGUAGUUAGGGCACUGGCCACAUACACUGGGGCUGGCAGGUUAGAACCUGGCCUGGGCCAGCUAAACAACAGUGAUAACUGUAGCAAGAAAAUGGCCAGGCGUUGUGACAGGCACCUGUAGUCCCAGCUACUUGGGAGAUUGAGGCAAGAGAAUCGCUUAAGCCCAAGAGUUGAGGGUUGUUGUGAGCUAUGACACCACAGCACUGUACUGAGGGCAACAUAGUGAGACUCUGUCUCAAAAAAAAAAAAAAAAGAA